CGUGAUUGGUCCGAUGCAUUUAACCACGAGAUUCGGAUCGUGUUUCGAUUACCCUGCGCUGAAAAUCUAUAGUAUACGUGACAUGAACUAUAGAUUUUCAGUCCAGAGACAGAAUACAUCGGAACAUACAGCCUUGAACGCGAGCCUCGAAGGAAACUGGCAGUUUCCACACGCGCCGGUUUCCACUCUCCGAUCCUCAUCUAGAACCGUGGCGACAAGUAGCGGCGUCUGGGUUGGAGGCCGCGAGUGCGACCGACAUGAUUCUCUGUGCGCUGUGAACCCCGGUGGGCCUGUGCUUCUAUCGAUUGCGCGGCCGCACGACGCACGACGUACGGCGUGCACGUUCUUCUUCGUCCGAGAGGCGCACGUCUCCUUCCUUUGCCCGUCUCUUCCUCUUGCGGAUACGCAACGAUCGUCGCAACGAGAGAGGAAUCCCGAGACAAGAAGGAGCGGCAACGAGUACAAGAUGACGCCCGAAGGGUAUACCCGUGUUUACGUGGGUGGGUUGAACGAGAGCAUCAAAAAGGAAGACUUGCAAAUGGAAUUUGAGAAGUAUGGCAAACUGAACAAGGUGUGGGUGGCGUUUAAUCCACCUGGCUUUGCCUUCAUCGAGUUCUUCAAUAUGAACGAAGCUGAAUUAGCAUGCUGCAAUAUGAAUGGCAUGGAGAUUAUGGGUGCAAAAUUGAGAGUGGAGAUUUCUCGGGGUAGAGGUCGCGGGGGCGGUAGGGGUGGUGGUGCGGGUGGUUUCAGAGGAAAUCGCGGGGUUGGCGGUAGGGACUUUGGCUCUCGGGGCGGCACUACAGCGGGUUACAGAGGCAGUACUUACGCAGAUUAUGGAGGCAGCUAUUAUACAGGCAGGGGUGGCGGAAGUAGGGGCAGAGGUCGUUAUGGAGAAGACUAUAUGUUCAAUCGCAGCAGCGGGUAUGUUACGCGAGAUGGAUAUACACAGGACGUCUACGGUGGUAGUAGUGGAGACACUGGCGCCGACUACUACACCGGGAAGGAUACAAGCACAGCGAGGUAUCGAAGCCGCUCUCCCGCCGGCCGUGGCAGUCAUCGUCAUCUACGUGAAUGCACAUAAAAGAACUACGCUGCGUCUUGCCAAUCUGAACUGCGGGCCGAUCAGCCACCCGCCUCGACGACUUCAUUUCUGUCCAAUCUACACAGCGACCUGUAUAUAUACAAGAACUACCAUUGCAGUUUGCGCUGUGCAAUGUUUUCCGUGCAUUGUACCACUUCCAUAGCAACCCGUGGUCGCUGCCGGGGAACAUUUUUUAUGAUUAACAGACUCGAUAGUUCCCUCGAAAACAUUUUCGCGCAAAGCAAAAGACGCGAUAAAACACGAACCGCGUAAUUUCUUCAAAUGAUUAAUAUUUGAGGAAGUAAUUAAUAUAGGGCUGUAAUCAAUAGAGACUAUAACGCUAUUUACACAGAAUCAUUUUAUUUUCAAUCGAAACCUUAUCGUGGGUUGUUUUAGAUCUCCUCUUCCUUUACACACGUUUUAGAUGCGUAGGAUUUUUAUGGUCCUUGGUUUACGAUUAUACGGAUUUCAAGACUCAUUUGCAUAUAUAUAAUCUCACGACUGUUAAAAUAAUAGUAGUAUUUUCACGGAUUUAUUUGGCUUAGCUUCUACUAUUUUCAGCUUUUCUAUAAGUUUCGUACUGCGGUACGACGGUCCAUAAUCUUGUGAAUAUCAUUCUCACGUAUUUAGAUAGAAACGUGUGUUCGCUUAACGUUCUAUGAAUAGUAACGAUUUUAUAUGGAAUCGGAAAGGAGACAGUAAAUCGCGCGCAACACUAGCCAAAUGCAAACUGCUGCUCGCAUAUAACAAUUAAUAAUUUAUUGUACAAGCGAAGAAAGGGAAGGCAGUUAAGCCUUAUGAGAAUUUCGACGCACAAACCACACAAGAUCAAAAUCUUGCGAUACCAAAGCGAUCGCAUCUACAUGAUAUAUCUUCCACACUUCGUUUUCUUUUUUUUUUUUUAUGAUAUACGUGCGGAAACAGUGCUGCAUUUGGAAAGGGAUAAUCGAGCAUCUACUUUGUCAUUUUUAGAUGCUCGUUAAUAAGAAAGUGAUAAAAAUAGUGGUAAUGAUGUAUAUUAUCUCCACUGUAAAAGAUAUGAAAUUGGAAAUUGAGAUAUUAAAUGAUUUGCGCUCACUACU